AUGUCUACAGCCAGUCAUUCGCUCGUUGCGGCACGACCUAUAGAAGAAAGAGGCAUCGCUGGCAAAAUCGUCAAAACAGUUAAAAAACUCUUGUUCAGAGGUAUUGGUACUUUUUUUGAUCCUGUCAAGGAAGGUGGUUCACAAGGUGCCUGCGGUCCUUAUGCAGAUGUCCAUUCACAAAUUGUAGCCAUGAAUGCUGAGCAGUACGGUGAUAUGAGCAAAAAGAGUCGUUGGUGUGGAAAAAAACUAAAAAUUUGCAGCAGAAAGAAGUGUACUAUUGCUACGGUGACAGAUGCUUGCCCUGGAUGCAAGAGAGGUUGUUUGGAUCUUACACCUGCUGUCUGGGGCCAACUUGAAAGCGACUAUAACAAGGGUGUUAUUCCUAUUGAAUGGCACGAAUAUAACGGUGACGACGAUGAAGAUGACGAAAGAACCUAA